CACGAACUGUCCUGCGUUGAUUUUCUGGCACCUAUAACAAUCGACAUCUACAAGUCGCCAAUAUCUCAUCCUGUAAAAUCAUCACGCAUAUCCCGCGAUAUUUCUCGUCCGUCGUUCGACCCCGUCCCCGCGCCUGGCAGAUCAGCCUGUUCUCCCACGAACUCACGCGCCCAUAUACCGCAUUUCACUCUCGACUCCCCCCAAAAAGCUACUUUCGACGGACCCUGUCCACGUUACGACUUCCAUUCCUCCAUUCCCUCGAAAAUGCCUUCUCCAUUCGGGUCUACCUUUGCCUCUGCUGCUGCUAGCACGAAUGGUGACAAUUCUGGGAAUAGAAGGGACACGGCGGGCUCAAAUGACUGGUCCAGAAGCCGUGUCAACGGCGCCCCGCAAACCUUUCGCAGAGUCUCUCAAGCAACCGCACAUUCACAGACACAAUCACAGACUCGAGAAAACGCGAGUGUAGCAUCGUCCACUGCGAACAACGGCGGUGUGUACAUUCCUCCACACCUCAACUCCGCCAUCCCUACCAUGCCUCGAAACGCUCCUCUUGGCGACACCCGCUACUCCAAGGAUCAACUUCUCAACAUAUUCCAAAAUCUCAAAGAAUCAUCGGCUUUGGACCGGAACCUUGAAGAUAUCUUUUUGGGGACGUGGAAUCCUUUGGACGGUCAAAACGGGGCAGGCGGUCACGGUGCCGGCGGUGAUGGAAAAGACCAGACCCCGGGGCCAGAGGUCUGUUGGAGCUACAACAUAAAUCCAGAGCCGUUUGGUUUAAGGGGCAUGACAGAGGAGGAGAAAUCGCUCUUUUCCGGUUCGGUCAACUCGCCAAUCAAACCGCAGCAAAAUACCACCAAAGACAGCACUGGAGUGGGUGUAAUUGGCGGGCGCAAGGCUUCUCUAUCAAACUACAGCAGCACGACUGGAACUUCCAGACCAGGAACGCGUCGUCGGGAGACGAGUGAAUCUUUCAUGAGUAAUGGGCCGAUGUCACCUGUAGAAACGAAGACCUUUUUCCGGACCGAAUCGAACACUGCGACCCCUCCGCCUGCUUUGCUACGACGUCGAACGGAUUACAAGGAGGAAGAAGCCACGCCCACUACAAAAGAAGACCCCGAGCCGGACGAAACCCCAGAGUCCCAACCUUCGUUUCCGGGACUGCGCCGAGCAGGCACUGGACCUCUAAGCGCAGGCUUAAAUCCUCCAUCCGCAUCACCCUGGUCAGCUGGAGGGCAAGGGUCGGCAUUUGGAUCUAUGGGUACAUUUGGCAGCUUUGCGAUAGGUGCGGCAAGCACGCCAACCGAAUCCGCCGACAAACGACCUGGCUUUGGUAGCGCGCGCAGUGCGAGUCGCUUCAAGGAUCUUUUGUCCAAGUCGAGUUCGGAAGAUGUCUCACAACCUGGCAAAGACAAGGGUCUUUUUGGAGCGCUUGAGAAGCUGCCGGAAGAAGAUGUGGACGCCAGCCAGGCGAGGUUGCGCGACGAGCUCAAGACGCGGCCUGGUCGUAGUGAGACCAACCCAUAUGAGGACGCACCAGUGCGGGCAGGCAGCGCAGCUUUAGGUGGCGCUCAGGAGGUCAUACCAGCCAGCGUAGGCAUCGAACAAAUGGGCAUGUCCGCGCUCGGUCCACAUGCAGCGAUUGGCACCCGUGACUUCGGCCACGAUGAAGGAUACCAGCAGACACCCCACGGACGAUACAACCUCCACGAACCCAUGAGCCCAACGAACACCAACCCAUAUCAAAGUCCUCACGGCCGUGUUGAUGAUGAUGAGCGUGACACAAAUGACUCCGCCUCCCAGGCUUCAGGUCUCCCGCCCUUUGGCGGCGCUGCACGUCGAAACAUGUAUUCUAGUUCUGACGAUCGAAGCCAUUCAGCAAGCGGCCUCCGCAGUGCCAGUGGGUUUGGUGGCCUGUCGGGCUUUGGUGGGCUCGGCGGCAAUCCCACUUGGUCUGGCGCUGGUAUCGGAUCGAGCAAACCUGCAAUGGAUCGAGGGAUUUCGGCCGCAUUUGGCGACCCAAUAUUCAGUCCUCUGUCCGAAUUGCAGUCACCAGGUGGCCUCGGAGGCGGCUUCGGUGGAUUUGGCUCUGGAGGACGGGCUGCUCGGCUGGGAGCCAUGUUGCCUGCGGCGAUGCAAGAACAAAUUCGAGGGGAUAGCAGAAACGAGACUGCAUCUUUUGACUCUCGGCCAGACAGUGCUCAGCAACAUCCUAUGCGCGACCCUUUCGACGGUACGAACCGUCGACAAGACGAGUUUGGUCAUCCGUCUAGUCUCUUCGAAGAGUCUCCUUCUAUGAGGAGUGUCGAAGAACCUCUGAAUUCCAACCAGCCUGCUCAGUUUGGACCUCCGAGCUCGGGACCUCCAACGACAUCGGUUUCGAUAUCUGGAUCAGCUUCGCAGACGGCGGCACCGAGAACGGGCGGCUCGGAUAACUAUCAAGCCGGCCAUGGACUCAGCCAAUCGAGCGGAAGUAAUUCUUCGAGUCAGUUGCCAGCUGCGCAACAGCGACAAAUGGUCAUGCCAGACCGGAUGCGCUGGAUCUACCGUGACCCUCAAGGAAAUACUCAAGGACCAUGGUCAGGGCUAGAGAUGCACGACUGGUUCAAAGCCGGCUUCUUUACGGCCGAGCUACAGGUGAAGAAACUUGAGGACACCGAAUUUGAGCCUCUUGCCCAACUAGUGAGACGCAUAGGUAACUCUCGCGAGCCUUUCUUGGUGCCUCAAAUUGGUGUUCCCCACGGUCCUCCCACCGCUGGCCCAGGAAAUAACUGGGCCAAUCCGUCUAUGGGAGGAGCUGCUGGUGGCACUGCCCAACCACCCUUUGCUAACAGCUUCCCAAGCUUUGGCACGACUUUGACCGCUGAGCAACAGAACGCUCUGGAAAGACGUAAGCAAGAAGAGCAGUACCUCAUGGCAAGACAAAAGGAACAUCUAGCGCAACAGCAGAUGGCUAUGAAGAUGCAGAUGCAAAAUGGCAUGCACUCCUUGCACCAUCAUUCGAGCGCCCACUCUCUGCAAAGCCAACCUAGCUUCGGAAGCAUCACUUCGCCUACCGGUUAUCAGCCCUCACCAAUCCAGCCAUUGAUGCAACCUCCGCAGCAAAGUCUACCGUUCGCCCAUCACGCUGGACCUCCUGCAGGACCAACCUUUGGCCGCGAAGAUGAUAUCCACAACAUGAUGGACCGUCUGAGCUUCACUCAACGUGCAAAUUUACCCUUUGCAGGCGCCCCUUUAGGUCCUCCACCGCCAGAGGCUGGCCCUUCAUCCCAACAAGUCAACACCAUGCUUCAAGAUAGGGCUCGGCUGCAGCAACAACAACAGCAGCAAGCCGAUAUGCGCGGUCAUCAGGACGCUUUUUUAGGCCCACAGGGCCGCAACGAGCGGCUGGACGAGUUCCACAGACUACGUGGACAAAUAGACAUACCAGCUGGUCGUCUCGGCCCUGAAGAGCCUCGACCUCAACCCAUUGGUGCACCACGUCAAAUUAGCGAGCCACCUACCACGUCGGCGCCACCAAAGGUUCCGGCCCCAAUUGGACAUGCUGCCGUUACUGCCAAGCCAGAGCCAGAGCCACUGUCUUUAGCCCAACAAGUGCAGAUUGCAGCAGCUAGCCAACAGGCUGCUGCUGAAGAAAGUGCGUGGGCAAAGAAAGACACUCCCGUAGAACCUCCACCGGUCUCGAUUUCACCCCUGCCCGCCCCUGCGGCCCAGCGCAAUAGGCAACACGUUGCCGACGCCCUAGCCGCGGAGUCUAGAUCAGCAACCCAAACACCUAUCGAGACGCCUGUCGUCUCCGUUGCACCAUGGGCCGAGCGCACCGCCGAACAUGCCAAAGGUCCAUCUUUGAAGGAAAUUCAAGAAGCUGAAGCUAGACGUGCCGCGGAACAGGAAGAAAUCGCUGCGGCGGCUCGACGUGCACAGGCGGAGCAGGAAAGAUUGGCUCAAGUUCAGGUUCCCGCUCCCGCCCCCGGCCUUCCAUCAACGUCAACCUGGGGCAGCUCUACGUCACCUGCGACCCCCGGGGCACAAACCGCUUCUGUCUGGGCGAAGCAACACCCUGUCAAAACAGGUACCGGAACGAAUGCAGCUCCGAAGAAGACGCUGGCCCAGAUCCAGAAAGAGGAAGAGUCUCGCAAACAGCGGGCUGCCGCCGCGGCAGCAGCUGCAGCGAGCGCACAAAAUGCUAGUAAUUCAGUCACUGCUUCAGCCGGCAAGAGAUACGCUGAACUUGCUGGCAAAGCUGCUCCGGCAAACCCCCCCGCGUCGGGCGGCGUCUGGACGACUGUGGGCUCGGGCGGUAAGGCCAAGGCCCCGCCUGCUGUCGUCGCAACGCCCCAGCCAGUCUCACGCACGGUGUCGGCGAGCAGCGCACCCAAGGCACGACCAACUCUCCAAACACCUCGCAACACCACCCUCACCAACCAGAGCAAAGCCAAUGAAGAAUUUACCAAGUGGAUCAAGGGGUCACUCGGGAAGGGGCUGAACAGCGGUAUCAACUUGGAUAAUUUCGUUCAAGACCUGCUGCAGCUCCCACCCGAAGUCGAAAUCAUAUCAGAUAGUGUCUAUGCGAGUUCGCAGACCCUUGAUGGACGUCGCUUUGCAGAGGAGUUUGUCCGCCGCCGGAAGCUCGCCGAUAAGGGCGUCGUGGAACCUGCCACUGGAGUUCAGCCAAUGAUGGGGAUCGGCGGAAGCGCAGACACCAAGGGGGCGGGCGGCGCGGGAGGUGGCUGGAGCGAGGUUGCAAAGAAAGGGCCGGCGAAUGCCAGUGCCGCGAAGGAGGAGAGCAAUGCGCAAUUCAAGGUUGUUGCCACGAAGAAGAAGGGGAAGCGAUGAAAUGAGCAAUGAGAAUGGGAGGACGUGUGCGAUGAGUAACCCGUUGAGGAGAUGAAGAGGGCAGAAACCGCCAUGUGCUGUCGAGCUGAAGGUUCAUUUGUCCAGAGGAGAGCAAGACAUGCGAGUUUUGAAAUGUGACAAAUGCAAUGAUACGACGCCACUUGGCCAAGGGUUCUUCGAAUUGAUGCCAUGCAUGAGUAGACGCGGUCUCGUUUCUUGUUUAUCAUCCCCUUGAAGAGGUGAUGGACACCGUUAGCACCGUUUCCCACGCAAGUCCAGCGUAUCUGUUCCCAGAAGAGAGCCGUCACCGAGACUCGUGGGCUGCUUCUGGAGGACACACCCUUACAGGGCAUGCAUGAUGGAAUUCACGAUUCCCUGCGCAGUCAGUUGGAGUC